UCUGACGUUUAAGCUUGAAGGAAGCUCCAAGACUUGAAGAAUUCACAUCACAAAAUGAGCAACACAGCAACCCGUACAUUGCUACGGUAUAGAUCCGUGCAGCCCCGAGCAGGGCGAGUCAGCUACAAUGUCGCACGUGCACCCAGCCUAGGUGCAACAGCACCCUACACCACCCAACCAAUAUGUCAGGGCUACAAGCAACGUUUAUUCCUCAAGUCUAUAGCGCCCGCGUCUACGUCAAGUUACAUAGCUGGAGCGAGAAAUAUCCAUGCGACCACCGCUUAUUUCAAGAAACCCAAGCCUUCCCCUCCCCCACCACCACCACCAUCCGAUGAUGGGUCGACGCACCCGGUUGCCACUUCCGAUGACCCCCUCAACUUCGCCGACGUCAAUUCGCGGCUGCAGCAACGUGCCGAGAAGUCCAAGGCAGCGCUGAAGAUGCAGACAGCCGCAAGGUUCGACCCCGACGUCGUUGGCGGGCUGCCCGUGACCAUCGACAAGAAGACCGGAGAGACGUACCCGCUGCGUGAACUGGCGCAGGUGGUUCCGCGCGGCGGUCGCGCGGUAUCGUUUCUCGUGCACGAGGCCGAGUACGUGCAGCCCAUCAUGAGCGCAGUACAGAAGAGCCCCAAGUUUAACCAGCAGCCGCAACGAGACCCAGACAACGAGCUUGAGCUAGUGCUGAAAGUAGAGGCCGAGAGGCCCGAGGACGUCAUCAAGAGGAUCAAGGUCGUGACAAACGAGUGGCGCGAGCGCAUACGCUACAUCCGCCAGAAGAGGGACAAGCUGCAUGCUACGUGGAAGAAGGCAAAAGAGAUUGUGCCCGAUAUGCAGAAGAAGGCGGAUCAGGAGGUCGAGAAAAUCAUCAAGGCUGCUAUUGCCGAGGUAAAAGAGGCUGAGAAGGCUGCCAUCAAGGCUGUGGAAGGGUGAAUAGUGGCAUACUAUUAAUUUCGUUGUAUAUCUCUCCGACGAAAGUCUGCCUGCCUCAAGUUUUACCCAUACAGCAUUCCGCUAUUUACCAGAAACAUGGCUUUGCAAUAAGGUGACUAUGUAAAGUAGACACUAAAUGUCAGGUCAGGAUACACGUCAUGAGCA